UUCCCUUUACAGAAAUCUGGUGUGAUUUCCUACUUGACCUGUACUCAACUGAGACUGACAUGGCCUUGAAUGUAUUUCCAUCAUUACAGUCAGUUUUCCAGUCAGCUCCUGCAGUCUGGUCCAUAAACCUCUCAGAGAGAAAGACCUCCAUCCUCCUGGAAGUGCUGAAACUCCAACCAGAGAAGAAACAAGUGAAGCUGACAGGCUGCUCACAUGAAGAGAGUGAAGUGAGGAGUUUCCUUGAAUGUCUGCCUUAUAUCUCACAGCUCAGUAUCAUUCCUCAAUUAUUUGAACCUUCAGAAGAAAUCAGGUUCUUUGGGAAUCUGUUCUGUGCAGCAGCAGAGAGAGAACAGCAGACAGGAGAGAAGAUACUGGAGCUGUUAUUAUCUUUGUGCCAAACAUUCUACAUGGUUGUAGAAUAUCAGUGUGAUUUCCUGCUGGAUCUGUACUCCCAUGUGAAGGACUAUGAAACUAAAACAGGCUCGAGUGUCCUUCAGUUAUUACAGUCAGUUUUCCAGUCAACUCCAGCAGUCUGGUCCAUAAACCUCUCACGGAGAAAGACCUCCAUCCUCCUGGAAGUGCUGAAACUCCAACCAGAGAAGAAACAGGUGAAGCUGACAGGCUGCUCACGUGAAGAGAGUGAAUUGAGGAAACUUCUCCAGUGUUUGCCUUAUAUCUCACAGCUCAGUGUAAUUCCUGAGUUAUCAGAAUCAUCGGAAGAAAUCCAGUUCCUUGGGAAUCUGUUCUGUGCAGCAGCAGAGAGAGAACAGCAGACAGGAGAGAAGAUACUGGAGCUGUUAUCAUCAGUGUGCACAUACAGAGGAUUUCCUAUUAACUUGAAAUGGUGUGAUUUCCUGCUGGAUCUGUACUCCCAUGCGAAGGAUUAUGAGACUAAAACAGGCUUGAGUGUCCUUCCAUCAUUACAGUCAGUUUUCCAGUCAACUCCUGCAGUCUGGUCCAUAAACCUCUCAGAGAGAAAGACCUCCAUCCUCCUGGAAGUGCUGAAACUCCAACCAGAGAAGAAACAGGUGGAGCUGACAGGCUGCUCACAUGAAGAGAGUGAAGUGAGGAGUUUCCUUCAGUGUCUGCCUUAUAUCUCACAGCUCAGCAUCUUUUCUCAGUUAUUUGAACCUUCAGAAGAAAUCAAGUUCUUUGGGAAUCUGUUCUGUGCAGCAGCAGAGAGAGAACAGCAGACAGGAGAGAAGAUACUGGAGCUGUUAUCAUCACUGUGCAGAUACAAAGGAUUUCAUCUUAUAGAAGUAUGGGGUGAUUUCCUUAUGGAUCUGUACUCUUGUAAGCCUAAAAUAGGCUUGAGUUUGCUUCCAUCUCUACAGUCAGUUUUCCAGUCAGCUCCUGCAGUCUGGUCCAUAAACCUCUCAGAGAGAAAGACCUCCAUCCUCCUGGAAGUGCUGAAACUCCAACCAGAGAAGAAACAAGUGAAGUUGACAAGGUGGCCAGUUGUAGAGAGUGAAGUCCUGGGCUUCCUUCAAUGUCUGCCUUAUAUCUCACACCUCAGUUUAUCUCCUUCAUUGCUAUUGUCAAGCCAAACCAAGAUUAUCUGGGACGAUGGAGAGACAGAGAAGCAGCCAGGAGAAAAGAUACUGGAGUUAUUAUCUACAAUGUGCAGCUACAAAAUGUCCCCUUUUAAUGACAGAGACAUGGCAUAUGAUGAUGAUGAUGAUAUGGAAUAUCAGUGUAAUUUCCUGCUGGAUCUGUACUCUCAUGUGAAGGACUAUGAGACUAAAACAGGCUUGAGUGUCCUUCCAUCAUUACAGUCAGUUUUCCAGUCAGCUCCUGCAGUCUGGUCCAUAAACCUCUCAGAGAGAAAGACCUCCAUCCUCCUGGAAGUGCUGAAACUCCAACCAGAGAAGAAACAAGUGGAGCUGACAGGCUGCUCACAUGAAGAGAGUGAAGUGAGGAGUUUCCUUCAGUGUCUGCCUUAUAUCUCACAGCUCAGUGUUGUUCCUAGGAGGUCAGAUGAAGAAAUCACGUUCUUUGGGAAUCUGUUCUGUGCAGCAGCAGAAAGAGAGCAGCAGACAGGAGAGAAGAUAUUGAAGCUGUUGUCAUCAGUGUGCACAUACAGAGGAUUUCCUCUUACAGAAAUAUGGUGUGAUUUCUUACUUGACCUGUACUCCAGUGACUUUGAAAUGGCCUUGAGUUUGCUUCCAUCAUUACAGUCAAUUUUCCAGUCAGCUUCAGCAGUCUGGUCCAUAAACCUCUCAGAGAGAAAGACCUCCAUCCUCCUGGAAGUGCUGAAACUCCAACCAGAGAAGAAACAAGUGAAGCUGACAGGCUGCUCACAUGAAGAGAGUGAAGCAAAAUGGUUCCUUCAGUGUCUGCCUUAUAUCUCACAGCUCAGUGUUCAUCCUGAGUGGUCAGAAGGAAUCACAUUUUUUGGAAAUCUUUUCUGUGCAGCAGCUGAAAGAAGACAGCAGACAGGAGAGAAGAUACUGGAGCUGUCAUCAGUUUGCAGAUAUGAGACGUUUCCUUUUAAUGAGAGAUACGUGGCUGAUAACAGAGAAAAUGAAUUCCAGUGUGACUUUCUGCUAGAUCUGUACUCCCAUGUGAAGGACUGUGAGACUACAACAGGCUUGAGUGUCAUUCCAUCACUACAGUCAGUUUUCCAGUCAGCUCCUGCAGUCUGGUUCAUAAACCUCUCAGAGAGAAAGACCUCCAUCCUCCUGGAAGUGCUGAAACUCCAACCAGAGAAGAAACAAGUGGAGCUGACAGGCUGCUCACAUGAAGAGAGUGAAGUGAGGAGUUUCCUGCAGUGUCUGCCCUACAUCUCACAGCUUAGUUUUUCGCCUUCAUUUUCACUACCAAGUCAAACCAUGCGAAAAGAAGGAGAAUCAGAGAAGCAGCCAGAAGAGAAGAUACUGGAGCUGUUAUUAUCAGUGUGCAGUUUUAAAACAUUCCCUUUUAAUGACAGAGACAUAGCUGAUGAUGAUGAUAGGGAAUAUCAGUGUAAAUUCUUCCUGGAUCUGUGCUCUCAUGUGAAGGACUGUGAGACUAAAACAGGCUUGAGUGUCCUUCCAUCAUUACAGUCAGUUUUCCAGUCAACUCCUGCAGUCUGGUCCAUAAACCUCUCAGAGAGAAAGACCUCCAUCCUCCUGGAAGUGCUGAAACUCCAACCAGAGAAGAAACAAGUGGAGCUGACAGGCUGCUCACAUGAAGAGAGUGAAGUGAGGAGUUUCCUGCAGUGUCUGCCUUAUAUCUCACAGCUCAGGUAA